AUAGGCAAAUGCAACUCUUCACAGUCUGUUACUCGGUCAAAUCCAACAAAAAUUAACCAUGAAGUUAAUUAUAGUCAUUUUAGGAAUUUUAAAACUUGUGGACCUUUCCACUGCACAGUCCGACGUCGUGGGUAAAAUCACGAUAGGUUUUCAAGGCUGGUUUGCUGCACGGGGUGAUGGAUCACCUAUCGAUGCUUACUGGCACUGGAGUCGGGAUUGGGGUCAGCCCCCCUCCCUCACGAAUCACGCCCUCGAGUCCUAUCCGGACAUGAGAGAAUAUACAGAAUAUUUCGCCACUGAUUUCCCACCGCUUGGAAAUGGGCAACCGGCUCGAAUUUUCUCAUCGUUUAAUAACCAAACCCUCGACGUCCAGUUCCGAUGGAUGAGAGAGCACGACAUUGACACCGUCGCCUUACAACGGUUUAACCCAUUCGGUGGUGAAGGUCCUACCCGUGACGCGAUGGCAGAAAAGGUCAAAGUAUUCUCAGAACUCCACGGACGCAAGUUUUACAUUAUGUACGACGUGAGUGACUGGCUUGCCGUGGAAGAGCAAAUAAAGGAGGACUGGACUCAGAAAAUGUCACAGUACAUUUCAUCCCCAGCCUACGCUAUGCAAAAUGGUAUGCCCGUAGUUUGCAUUUGGGGAUUUGGGUUUAACGACGGUCAACGGCCCUUCACCCCUGAACAAGCGUUGAACGUCAUUAAUUGGUUCAAGGAUCAAAAUCUGUACGUGAUCGGAGGGGUCCCCACACAUUGGCGAAAUGAGAACGAGGACUCGAGACCAGGUUUCAUGGAAGUCUACACAUCGUUCCACAUGAUUUCUCCCUGGAUGGUGGGUCGCAUUACAAAUCUUCCUGACGUCGAUCACUACUAUGAAAAUGUGCAGACGCCUGAUCAUGACCUUCUGCGUACUCUUGGAAUCGACUACCAACCCUGCGUCAUACCCGGCAAUAAUACGGCUCGUCACAGGCAACACGGAGAUUUCAUGUGGAGACAAUUCUACAACAUGAAGAGGAUCGGAGUGGAGGGGAUUUACAUUUCCAUGUGGGACGAAUACAACGAAGCGAACCAGAUCGCCAAGACGGCAGAAGACGACAGUCAGAUUCCAGUAGGGUCCCCGUUUUUGCCUUUGGAUGAGGACGGAGUCCGUUGUACUUCAGAUUAUUAUCUAAGGCUGACUCAAGACGGGGGAAGGAUGUUGAAGAACGAGGCUCCACUCACGGAGGUCAGGCCAACCAUCCCUUGGCCAGAAUCAUACAAUACGAAAUGAUUCAAUCAAAGUUGACAUAAAAUUGAUCAUUAAGUCGAGUGAAUGCCCUUACACUUAUUUUGCAUGGUGUAUUGAUUAGUAUCCUUAAAACAAUUAUUUGUAGAAUAAUGAUUUUUUUAGUACCGAAGUAAGUAAUAUAAUUGUGUCAAAUACAUAAUUGUAUCUAUGUGGGUAGAAUGUAGCACAAUUUGUGUUCAAAAAAUCUUAAAUUUGACUACAUUUGCCUUGUUUGCAGUGAUUCCAGACUCAAGUUUUAUUCAUAUUAUGAUUGUCAUCGACAAAAAAUUGUAUGACUAGUCUAAAAUUAUAGACAAUUUUAAAAAUAAAUAAAUUAUGAAUUUAACUAAUUUAA